UCUCUCUCUCUCUCUGAGUCUUAAACACACAAGCCCACAUGCUGCGUGUUGUCGCUUUCCCGUAAGAGUUCCUUUCUUUCAAUGCACAGAAGGGAGGAUGCUUUGAACAGAUGCGAGAAGCACAGGGAAAACACAAGAAAUGAGAGGAAAAGGAAGAUAAAGAAAGGAAAAGAAAGCUAAGUGGCAGUCGCAAGGAUUCUUCUCCUGCCCCUCCACAGCCUCGUUUCUCUCGCUUACGACUACUCCUCCCUCGGGAUUCAUUCUCCCCUCCUCACUCUGCUGCCACUACUUGUAUACUCCAUAUCCUCUGUAACCUUAUUGCUGCUACUACCUUGAACUCUGAUUUCUCCUAUCGGAACUCAGGAGUUGUGUCCGGUCGGAGGAAGGAAAAUGCUAUAAAAUAGAGAGAGAAUGAGAUGGUGAGAGAGAGAAAGAGAGAGAGCGAGAGAGAGAGGGGGGGGGGGGUUGGGCAUCAUCUCAUCGAGGAAUGGCCACAAGUAGAUGAUGGGUGAAAGGCUACUGGUCACUGCAAUCAACAGCGACGACGAUAAUAUCACCGCUACCAGCAGCAACAGCAGCAGCGGCACCACCACCAGCAGCGGCAACAACGAGACCAACAAGAACAAUAUGAUUCAUGCUAGUUCUACUACUUCCGGUGCUGCUGCUAGGGUUAUGGACAAGCCAUCAGCGCAAGAUCAAUCGCAGGCCGUCCUGAGAUGCCCUCGCUGCGAUUCGUCGAACACCAAGUUCUGCUACUACAACAAUUACAGCCUAUCGCAGCCGCGGCACUUCUGCAAGGCCUGUAAGCGAUACUGGACGCGCGGCGGCACCCUCCGGAACGUCCCGGUAGGUGGCGGGUGCCGCAGGAACAAGCGCGCCAAGAAGCCGGCGGCUGCCCCCGUGGCACCGCCGAACCAUCCGCACCGCCGCCCUCUUCUGCCGCCUGAUCCGGUCCCUUCCCUCUUGGUGCAGAGACAUUCUCCAUCCCACCUCGACGCCGCUGCGCUUUACGCUCUGCAAACGGCGUCCUCAUCGUCGGAUAUGAGCCUCACGUUGCCAAUUAUUCUGAACAGUCUCCACAUCCCCUCUUGCACUACUGCCUUCGAUCUGCAGCCUCAUCUCGGCGCACCCGGACUCGGGCUUCCAUCCAAUCCGCAGCGUGAGAACGAGUACCAUCUCGGUGAGCUUCAGCCAUUGUCGCCGGUGGACGACUAUCCACUGUUUGGAUCAUCUUUGCCAUCUGCAUCACUGCUAGCGUCGAGCAUUAAGCAGCUCAAGCAAGUGGAGGACUACCAGGCCAUAUUGCCCUUCGAUGAACUGCAAGCCUCUGGCAUCGGUGGGAGUCUUAAUGCCAUGACGAAGGAAGUGAAGUGGGAAGGGCAAACCAAUAAUUUGAUGAACAGCUGCACAGAUUGGCAGAUUCCAUCAGUGAACUCGUUGGAUAAUUUUGGUCCAGCUGCAGCCACGUACUGGAAUGUAGUCAUCGGCGGCACCGGUGGUUGGCCGGACGGCAUGAACUAUGGUUCAUCAGUCACUCCUCUGAUCUAGUCUAAGGGUGAAGUGCGGCCGAUAAGUAUUGUCUCUCAAUCCUCUUCAUUCACGGUUGUUGCAUCUUCUUCUUCAUUACGAUGUUUCCGAAUUAUACAUGGUAGUAAGGUCAGUGCGCUAUAUCUAUAUUACAUGCUCACUGUAAUGUGGUGGCGGGGGCUGAUUACUGGAGCAGUGCCGAUCGGAGAGAUCCUGUCGGUUUGCAAACGUCUCAGUUUGUUGGGAGAGGACCCUCGGAUCUUUUCAGCUCAAUAACGUGCAUUGUCAUCAGUUUUUAGUGAACUAGGAAGAAGAAGAAGCUGGAGGAGUGAGCUGGUCUUGCAUGUAUGUACAUAGCAGGCAUGGCAUAUACCAUCUUCUUAUUGAGUGGUUUGCGUUUUUUGGGCAUUGUCAGAAGUCUUCAUCUUCUUCUUCGUCAGUUGAGGUGAUUUAUGCUGUUGAAGAAGCCAAUUAACAAUUGAGAUAUUUAUCUUUUUCCCUUUUGUGUGUUUUUUUGGUGUGUUGGCAGAAAGAACUUGGUACAUAUAGUUUUCUGUAGUGGGAUUUCAUUUCACUUUUAUGAGUGAUCUAUUGCCUGCUUUUUGGCCUUUCUUUCACUGUAACAAGUAUUAACUCUGCUCAUAUUGAUAGUGGACUGAAUGGGCAGGUUUGCUCUGAUGAUUA